AUGGCGAGCGCGGGGCGGGCGCCGCCAAUCGGGGCCGCCCCUCGGUGGCGGCGGCGGCACCGGAGCUCUCCCGGCGCGGCGGGGGCGGGGCGGGAGCGAUGCGCUCUGUCGGGGCGGCGCAGCCCCCGCCCGCCCCUCGCUGCCUCCCCGCACUGUGGGGCGGAGCGGAGCGCGGUUCCGCCUCGCCCCGGCGGCCGCCGUGAGCUGCGCUGCGGCGGCGCCCCCCGCCACCACCCCCCGCCGCCGCCGCCACCGGCCGGGAGCCGCGGCCCGGCGGGCGCCCGGCGGCAGCUGGUCUAUGUCUUCACCACCUGGCGCUCUGGCUCGUCCUUCUUCGGGGAGCUCUUCAACCAGAACCCCGAGGUCUUUUUCCUCUACGAGCCGGUGUGGCACGUCUGGCAGAAGCUGUACCCCGGUGACGCCGUCUCGCUGCAAGGGGCGGCCCGCGACAUGCUGAGCUCCCUGUACCGAUGCGACCUCUCCGUCUUCCAGCUCUACAGCACGGCGGGCGCCGGCAAGAACCUCACCACGCUCGGCAUCUUUGGGGCGGCCACCAACAAGGUCAUCUGCUCCUCGCCCCUCUGCCCGGCCUAUCGCAAGGAGGUGGUGGGGAUGGUGGACGACCGGGUGUGCAAAAAGUGUCCCCCGCAGCGCCUCAGCCGCUUCCAGGAGGAAUGCCACAAGUACCACACGCUGGUCAUCAAGGGCGUGCGUGUCUUUGACCUGGCCGUCCUGGCCCCGCUCAUGCGGGACCCGACCCUGGACCUCAAAGUCAUCCAUCUGGUGCGGGACCCCCGGGCCGUCGCCAGCUCCCGCAUCAAGUCCCGGCACGGCCUCAUCCGGGAGAGCCUGCAGGUGGUGAGGAGCCGAGACCCCCACAUCCACCGCAUGCCCUUCCUUGAUGCUGGCCACAAGCUGGGCGGGAAGAAGGAGGCGGGCGGCUCGGACUACCAUGCCCUGGGUGCCAUGGAGGUCAUCUGCAGCAGCAUGGCCAAGACCCUGCAGACUGCUCUGCACCCCCCUGACUGGCUCCAGGGCAAUUACAUGGCCGUGCGCUACGAGGACCUGGUGGUGGAGCCCAUCAAGACCCUGCGGCAGGUGUACGGCUUUGUGAACCUGGCAGUCAGCCCGGAGAUGGAGAAGUUCGCCCUCAACAUGACCAGUGGCCCCGGCUACUCCUCCAAGCCGUUCGUGGUGUCGGCCAGGAACGCCACCCAGGCGCUGAGUGCCUGGAGGACUGCGCUCAGCUACCAGCAGAUCAAGCAGGUCGAGGAGUACUGCCACCAGCCCAUGGCCCUGCUGGGCUACGAGCGGGUCGGCAGCCCCGAGGAGGUGAAGGACCUCAGCAGAACGUUGCUCAGGAAGCCGCGGCUGUGACGGGGCAGCGGCGUCCGCCGGGCGCCCGGGCAGAGGAGCCGCUCCGGCUGCCUGGAGGGAGGGAGGGAGCCGGGAAAAGCAGCCUGGUCUCCGAUUUCCUCCAAAGACUGCUGAAGGGUAACUUACAGUAAUGUGAUGAUUUCGUGGUGUUUUGGUUUUUUUUGUUGGUUUUUUUUUUUUUCUUUUUGUUUUUUUUUUUUUUUUUUUUUUUUUUUACCCGCCCCCGUUGCAUUGAGUUAGAUGCGGUUUAAAAAAAAAUCAAGUGGAACUGAAAAUCUGUAUGAAGCCCCUUCCACCUUCUCUAAAACGCCAGGCAGUUAUUCUGCACCAAUAUCGUGUUCAUGAAGUUCUUGUGGGUUUGAAGAUGGUAACAAAAACUCUUGCACAGUUCCUAACACAUCUUUAUCUCCCUUGGUGCGGAGGGGAUGCCCUUGGAAAACAUAAUGCUGAUAAUCAGACUUUUGUAUGAAAGCAAAUGUUCAGACAUGAUAGUAAUAAAAGAAAAUAAUAAAUGAUAUUCAUUUUUAUAAUUACCUCAAUUGUUUGGGAAAUACAGUGUUGCUUAUGUACAGCUUGAGGGGAUGCUUGCUUAAAAUAACAACGUGGACUUCUUAAAGGGUAUGGGCGGAGGGCUGGAGUGCAACAUUUGAUGUGUUCAAAGAUCAGGAGCUGCUCCUGCAGAAACAAAUACAGAUCUUGCAAGUGUAGUGCAGGUUUCAUGGCUGUGUCAAAGCAGGUUUCUAUUUAACUAUUGUCUUUUCUGUUGUAUUUUAAAAGUCUUUCAAGUGCCACUGUAUUAGUGUCCUAAGAGUUUUAAAACGUUUGCCAUCGCAGCAGUAUUUAUUUUUGUCUUGACAUGUAUGUCCAGGAGUCACUGUCAAAUAGAAGUGGAUCUACAGCGUGACAAGAAAUGCAGGAUUUAAAAAGACAUUUAUCAUACUGGAAACAUUAGCAUGUGUGACAACAAAAAUAAAAUUAUAUAUAUUCUAUAUAUUCUAUAGUGCUAACAAAACAUAAGAUGUAAGAUAUUUCUUGACAUUGAUUGGUAACAGGCAGAGCAGGGAAGCAUAGAAAAAAUGCAUAAAAUGAUUUAUUUUUUCCCUUUGUCUGUGUCUGAGGGUAUAUUUAUGUAUGAAGAGGGAGGAAAUGUACAGCUGUGUGUUCAUGGCUGUAACAGAGCUUUUAUGGAGCCAGCCCAGCGUUUGAUUUCAGAGCGCUGGUUGGAGACUCAUUGCCUGUGAAUUGUCAUUGCUCUGUGGUGGAGCCAGAUGGUGGUCUGGCUCUUUCUGGGAGCUCUGCCUAGAGUCUGUCCCAUCGUUAAAACUUAAUGAUUAAACAAAAAAAAAGAAAAAAAAAGAGAUUUUACUACUUCUGCUUUUGUAAUUUCUGGGGAAAAGUCCUGAUUUAUUAAAGGUUAAGUGGUGUGUUGCAUAAGAAUAGUGCAGACACCCUAAGUAGUUUUUAAUCUUGGUGUUCUCUGCUGCUCUUUGAAGGCUCAUUUUGGAACUUGAGUUUUUAAACAAACGUAGUUUUGCCAAACUGUUCUCUUAGGAGACUACAGACUUUUCUACAGGAAGUACAUUUUACAUUGCCUAUUUGGGUGUUGUGCCUUCAGAAAAUGUGAAGAGUAUGAGUAGGAAAAAGGAGAUUGAUAUGUGAAAAUAAUAUAAACAGGAUGCUGAUACGUGUGUGUGUAUGUGUGGGUGUAUGUGUGAAAAUUUUAGUGAUGUGUAAUAUGUCUAUUUCUUGUAACUCAAACAGCUGAUAACUGGCUACUAAGAUUUUUGAGUUCUUGAUGAAAUUUUGGCAUUAGAUGUUGAAUUUAUUCUGAAAAGGAAAAACAUUUAAUAAACUAGUUAAAAGAUUAUUGCAUAAGGUUGCCUAUACACUUGCUGAAUGACUGCAUUACAUGUUGUUUCCCUUAGCUCAUUUUCACCAUCAGUGAAAUAACAAAAUCUAGCAAUGGGAGAUCUUUUAAUUGGCCUGCUAGGAUGUAGUCCCAGAUUCCAGAGAGCAGUGCUAGAAACAUGAGGCAUAGUUAGUUUGGUAUUUCAAACACAGAUUAAGGUACUCGUGUUGUUGUGGAAUGAUGUGUUUUGUGUUACCACUGUGCAUGUUCAGUGCAGUGCUGAGAGGAUUUUGGGUGUUUGGCUUUGGACUGUACCCAGCAGGGUUUUUUAUUUUCUUCAGUGUCCGGGAACAGUGAUUGAAAAUCUGACCUGCUUGUAGAGCACGGUGCUUGCUUUUUCUCCGUGCCUGCUUUCUGAGGCUGCCUGCUCCCCCUGGCCUGGCCUGGCCUGGUCUGUCUGUGCUCCAGCAGCGCUGCUGUGGGCAGGGCGGGCGGCUGGAGCCGGGAGCUGCCCAUGGAACGCCAGCCCUGUCCGGGACAUGCCAGCGCCUCGGCUCCCGUGCCGCCAGCGGGGAGCUGUGCUUGGGUCUCCUGAUGGGACCUUUCCAUGGCAGCAUGUUACAGCAACAGCUCCUUUGAUUUGGGAGCUGAUGCAUGGUCAUUUCUGCGCGCAAAAUUCCUUGGUCUUUUUUGGGGAAGGUUUUCAGGAUGAGUAAAGUGAACAGGAAUUGAUUGCCUCUGGGAGUGUGAAACAGAUGAGCCCAAUUGACUUAGCUUCCAAAAAUGUCCUUUGGCUCCUAAUUAUGUUAAAGAGCUCAUCCUGUCAUUCUGAGAGAGCACUUGCUGCUUUUCUAAUAGUGGUGCAUGACAAGCACCUGCUUCACUUUCCCGAUACAAACACUGCCAGUAGAGUUACAGCGUCUGAAUCUGGUCCAUAGUUUGAGCGCCACCUACGACAGUGCAGCAAGGAAUCACCCGACAUACUGUGCCCUGUACAACUGUGCCCUGGUGUGCUGUGGUGAACAGAAGAAAUAAUGCAAUGUUCAUUUUGUGAAAAUAAAGGACUGCAUGUUUGUUCAGGUAAAGCUUCAGGAGAACUGAAUGGGAUCCUGCUUGUGUAAAACGCUGGUGGGCUAAACCCUAUGUUUAGUGCUGCUCUAUUAAAUAUGUAUGUGAACAACUGACAAUUAAAAGAUGAUUUUUACCCCUUUUUUGUAUUCAGGAAAUAGAAGUAGAGGAACUUUAACAAGCCAAACAGAUUGAAAAAAAGUUUUAAAAAAUAGGGUAUCAGAAAGAUGACAUGGUUACAAAAGAAGUUUUCCUUUUGUGAGGAGGGACAGCUAGCUGUGGUCAGAAUAAACUUGACUUUUAAGCUUGAAUAUA